AUGGCUUUUGCUGCUCUUCAUUCUCUUGAACAAACCAUAGACCAUAUUCUAAAUUAUAAAGUCAACAACACUUUGGAAGGACAAAUCAGAGAUGUAGCACACGAUGUAGAAGAUGUGAUUGAAAAUUUUAGGUUGUCGAGGAUGCACUCGUUACAUAUCAAGUGGAUAGCGAAGGUUAAGUUUAGAUUCCAGUUUCGCAGAGUAUCGAUGCAAAUUCAUUCAAUUGCUGGAAAGGUAGACCUAAUGAAAGAGGUCUCUCUCGGUAAUCACGAUUCAAAUGUUGUUACUUCAUCGUUAAUACUUCCACCCUUCCUCGAAAAAGAAGCCAUGGUUGCUUUUGAUGACGAUUUGAUGGCCAUAAAAGAGAGGCUUUGUGGAGAACCAGCCAGACUCACUGUCAUCCCAAUUGUUGGUAUGGGAGGUAUUGGUAAGACCACUCUUGCUGCAAACGCUUAUAAUGACCUAUUAAUCACCGAGCAUUUUCACACGGUGGAGGAUCACGUGCAAGUAGAAGUUGAUCCUGUUGAGGACCCAGUGGGGCCUCGCGAGGAUGAACUUGUGUUGGAUCCCGAAUGCGGGGAGGGGAAUUGGCAAGCCAGAGCCUCCAUGAGGUGGGAGCAUUCGCAACACAAUUCGGGAGAGGCUGACUUAGCUAUCGCGAGGGGCGAGAAGGAGCUAAGGCCGCACGGUUCUUUGUUAAGGGAACAAGUCCGUGACAAGUGGUAUCAGAGCUCGGCUAAGGGCUUUGUGUUGAUCGAAUACUCACCGAUGGCGAACGUCGAAGAUAUUUCGUACGUAACUGAGGGACGUGGCAGGGAGGCCCACGUAAACAACAAGAAGAAGAGGGACCACAACAAGGCUCGUGGGGAGAGUACCAGUACCGAGGCCGUGCUAACGGAUCAUGGCGAAAGACUCGAGAGGCUCGAGAAUAACAUCGCCAUAGCGGAGCUUAGCGAAAGAUUCGAGAAGCUCGAGCACGAUACGGAGGUGUUGGAGAAUCACGUCGCCGAGCAACUCGACUUGUUUAGGGACAAUGAGACGUUGCGGGAGGAACGGUUGGAUCGAUUUGAGGCUAUCAUCCAAUCCCUCCAAGACAGCAUCGAGGGAAUGCGCGACGACUUGGCCUUGUGCAAAAAGGCCGCCGCUAACGGUAGCGUUGGUGUUACUUCGAGUCCAAGGGUGGACUGCCUGAAGCCAACGGGAUUCAACGGCGUAAGGGACGCCAAGGAAGUCGAGAACUUCCUAUGGAGGAUGGAGCAAUACUUCGAGGGUAUCGGUCUAGUCGACGAGACGACUAAGGUAAGAACUUCUUCCCUUUACCUUUCCGAUACAGCAAUGUUGUGGUGGCGUAGAAAGCACGCCGAUAUCGAGAAAGGCAUUUGCCGAAUCGAUACUUGGGAAGAGUUCAAGAGGGAACUCAAGCGACACUUCUACCCGGAGAACGUCGUUUAUGAGGCUCGAAGGAGGUUGAGGGAACUCAAGCAACGAAGUUCAAUCCGCGAGUACGUGACGGAGUUCACCACCCUCACCCUUCAAAUUCCCAACCUUUCCGAGGAGGACCUUCUUUUCCACUUCACCGAUGGGUUACAAGGCUGGGCCAAGCAAGAACUCCACCGACGAGACAUCAAAUCCGUCGAUGAAGCUAUUGCCGCCGCCGAGUCUUUAACCGAGUAUCAACCGAGAGAGCCGUUGCGAAAAGAGAAGUGGAGCCCGACUAAAGGCGGAGAAGAGAGACGGGACAAUCAUGGUCGGGACUACCGAGACAACCGAGACCCAAGGGAGGAUGCUUCGUGUGCCAACAUGGGAUCGCUCCAACUUCUGAACGCCUUAAAGGCUAAUCCGAUGCCGGCAACAUCAAGCAAGGGGCUGAUGUACGUGGAGGCCCGCAUCAACGAUACCCCAACAAAGGUGAUGGUAGACACGGGAGCGACCCACAACUUCAUCACCGAAGACGAGGCCAAGAGGGUUGGCCUACGGUGGACUAGACGAGACGGUUGGCUCAAGGCCGUUAACGCGAAAGCACAACCGCUCAACGGUGUAGCACGAGACGCGGAGCUACACUUAGGCACUUGGAAGGGCCAAGUGGAUUUUUCGGUAGCACCGAUGGAUGACUUCAAGGUGGUGCUAGGCAUGGACUUCUUCCGCAAGGUAAUGGCUAUCCCAAUGCCUUGUUUCAAUUCGGUUUGCAUUUUAGAGAAGGGGACACCUUGCAUGGUGCCGGCCACCAGCGGCCCCACCAAGGAAGAAAGCACGCAACCAAGGCAACUGUCGGCCAUACAAGUUGCCAAGGGAGUUCGACGGGGCGAGCCGACAUUCUUAGCCGCUUUAAAGGAGGAAAGCCCGCCCAACGACAAAGAGGAGGACGUGCCACCGAUCAUCCAAACCGUCUUGGAGGUCAAUCAAGACGUAAUGCCACCGAAUUUGCCCAACAAGCUUCCACCUAGGAGGGAGGUGGACCACGCUAUCGAGUUGGAGCCGGGAGCUAAGCCACCCGCCAUGGCUCCCUACCGCAUGUCACCGCCGGAGCUUGAGGAGCUCCGAAAGCAACUUAACGAGUUGGUCGAGACGGGGAAGAUCCGACCAUCGAAGGCACCUUACGGCGCACCGGUCUUAUUCCAAAAGAAGCACGAUGGUUCUUUGAGGAUGUGCGUGGACUACCGGGCGCUAAACAAGGUAACCAUUAAGAAUAAGUACCCUAUUCCCUUGAUAGCCGAUUUGUUUGAUAGGCUUGGUAAAGCCAAGAUAUACACGAAGAUGGACUUGCAAAAGGGCUAUUACCAAGUUCGCAUUGCCGAAGGGGACGAGCCAAAGACAACGUGCAUCACUCGAUACGGAUCUUACGAGUGGCUUGUCAUGCCGUUCGGGUUAACCAACGCCCCGGCAACAUUUUGCACUCUCAUGAACAAGAUUUUCCAUCCAUACUUAGAUCGGUUCGUGGUGGUCUACUUGGACGACAUUGUUGUGUAUAGCGACACCAUGGAGGAGCAUGUCAACCACCUUCGCACCGUCUUCCAAUUACUUCGGGAAAACGAGCUGUUCGUGAAGAAAGAGAAGUGCGAGUUUGCCAAGGAGGAGGUCCAAUUCUUGGGGCAUAUCAUCGGGCACGGACGACUCCAAAUGGAUGGAGCGAAGAUCAAGGCUAUCACCGAGUGGGAACCGCCGACUAAGGUAACCGAGUUACGAUCUUUUCUUGGUCUCAUCAAUUACUAUAGGCGGUUCAUAAAAGGGUACUCGGCACGAGCGGCGCCACUAACCGACUUACUCAAGAAGAACAAGACGUGGGAGUGGCCCGACUCAUGCCAACGGGCGUUCGAGGACUUAAACGCAGCGGUGAGCCAAGAGCCGGUCCUCGCCUUACCGGACUUUAGGAAGUCGUUCGAGUUGCACACGGACGCUUCCGACUUUGCAAUUGGAGGGGUCUUGAUGCAAGAGGGGCAUCCGAUCGCCUUCGAGAGCCGAAAGCUCAACGAGACGGAACGGCGCUACACGGUCCAAGAGAAGGAGAUGACCGCCAUCAUCCAUUGCCUUCGAGUAUGGCGGCACUAUCUAUUAGGCGCACCGUUCGUGGUCAAGACCGACAACAUUGCCACGAGUUACUUCCAAACGCAAAAGAAGCUCUCGCCAAAGCAAGCACGGUGGCAAGACUUUUUAGCGGAGUUCGACUACGUUUUGGAGUACAAACCGGGGAAGGCAAACGUUGUGGCCGAUGCUUUGAGUAGAAAAGCCGAACUCGCAGCGAUUAGCUCGACAAGGAGGAACUUGGCCGACAUGAUCCGAGAAGGGCUCGAACAUGAUCCAAUGGCCAAGGAGCUAAUUCGACUCGUCAAGGAGGGCAAUUUCAAGAUCGUCCGCACUGAUUCGAGGCAACAAGGACGUCGCCGGAUUAGGCGGGGGAGGAUGUCACGGCCCGCGAGUUUUGACCCAACCCCUUGUCGAUUUCCCUUGAGUUGGGGAGGUUAAAGAGUCCAAGAAUUAGCCCAAGUAGGGUUAGGCCCAAGUUGGCCCAAUUGU